CCUCGAUUGUUCGGAAUUAAAGAGUGUCAUGAGAAGAAUACAUCUGAUAUGAUCAGUUGAUAUUCAUGCAAAAAUACCCCAGUGUGUGAAGUUACAAAAAAUACUCAAGAUACUUAAUAAAUAUUACAUGAAUAAAAAAAAACAAAUAUUAAAUAGUGCAUAUUGUUAAGGUUAUUAUUUAUGAAGCUUUGGAAAUUUACAUUCUGGAAAAGAUGAACCAGCUGUGCAAAGUGUGCGGCGAGCCGGCGGCUGGUUUUCAUUUCGGGGCAUUUACAUGUGAGGGCUGCAAGUCUUUUUUCGGACGCACCUACAACAACAUUGCGGCAAUAGCAGGAUGCAAGCACAAUGGAGAUUGCGUGAUCAACAAGAAGAACCGCACGGCCUGCAAGGCGUGCCGCCUGCGCAAGUGCCUCCUGGUGGGGAUGUCCAAGAGUGGCUCCCGCUACGGUCGCCGAUCCAACUGGUUCAAGAUCCACUGCCUGUUGCAGGAGCAGCAGACGACGACCGGCGUGGGAGGCGGGGGCUCGGCGGGAGGUGGGUCCGGUGGCGGGGUGAGCACCGCGAGUCUGGAGCAGCUGGCGCGACUGCAGCAGGCGAGUAAUCAGGCACGGCAAACCUAUCAGGACAAGACCAAUCCCUGCAUUAAGUCCGCCACUGCAACAUCGCCCAGGAUCGAGGGAGGGGCAGUGGGCGCAGGAGUUGGUGGUGCCGCUUCACCGUCGUUCCUCCAGGCGGCCAAAUUCCAUCACCACCAUCAUCACCAGAGGCAGUUGAAGCUCGAGUCUCGCCUCAGCAAUACGCCCAGUGAUUCCGGAGCAUCCUCUGCAGGGGAUCCCAAUGAGGAUGGAGCCACCAGCUUGCUCAGUGGUCAGAUCCCCACACCUUCAUCCACCAACGCUACCAACCUACCGAAAUUGGAUCUGAGGCACUCCAACUUCGCGGCGACUUCGGAGCCGGAUGCGGACUUACAGCGGCAGCGUCACCAGGAACUGCUCGAGAUCUUCCGCAGCCACUCGGAGCCGCUGUACAGCUCCUUCGCUCCCUUCAGCCACCUGCCACCAGUCCUGCUCGCCGCCGGAGUCCCGCAACUGCCCAUUUUCAAGGAUCAGUUCAAGGCGGAGCUGCUGUUUCCGACGGCCAGCAGCCCGGAGCUGGAGGAGCCCAUCGAUCUGUCGUUUAGAUCGCGAGUAGAUCCCGCCAGUCCUCUGGCCCACACCUCGAAUAGUCCCAGUUUGAGUGAGCCUGCCGCCGUGAGUCACUGCUUGGGGGAAUCCCCGACCUUCGUGCGUAAGUCCACGCCCCUCGAUCUCACCCUAGUGAGGUCACAAACAUUGACAGGCUGAGAUCAUCUCGUGAUUGCCAGAGAAUUCGUUCGAGUGCCAAAACAAUUUCGCGUACUUUAGGUUUAGGUAUGUAACAAGUAUUUAAUCAACUGGGGAAAGUCGAUCGGGAAUGCGUUUUGGAAACUGAAAACAUUUAAAUCAACAUUACAACGGAUAAUAAAUACAUAUGGUGUUACUAAAAAAUUUUAUAUAAAAUACCAUCUCAGCGUUAUUUAGGAUCAAACUGAAAAUUGUUCGCUUACCUAUAUAAUACAAAGUGAAGUAGUUUUCAAAUAAGUGUUAAAAUUACAAUAUAACCAACAAUUAUUUACACAGAACCUUAAAAACCCUUCGACUUUUUUACAUACAUAUUUUAAGAAGUAAUGAGAAAUUGUAAAUGUUGGUGCCAGUGAAAUUAUGUACAAAUAUCCAUAUUAAUAUGUAUUAAUUUAGCUCAAUCACAGUAGAUAAUUUAACAAUUAAAAUAAUUAAG